UGCCGGCGUGAGGACGGCUUCGGAGCCACAGCUUACCUCUCGCGUCCACAACUUUACGAUAACUUUCGAACUUUAACACGAAACAUAUCUUUCUCCAAACAAUAUCGCUUAUUUUGAAUCUAAACUACAAAAUGCUUAAAAAAGUUACAUAAUUUAAUAUUUGAGACUAUUUAAAUGAAUGAUGUUAUAGAAAAGGUGUUUGAAGACUAAUUUACUUAUAGAAGAAAAAAUAUUCCAAAUAUAUCGUAACAAUGAAGCGUAAAAUAAGUCGUCAUUCUGCACACAUGCAGUACGUUGUAUCUUUAUAGAUUGCAUAAGAAAUAUAAAAUGAAAAAGCUAAAGGAGAAGGGAUGUGUAAACUCUGUGGUGUAAUGAAAAAAUUUCCAAUGUCGGGCCCAGAAGCGAGCGUUUCUUAGACAAUGCACAGCCUCCUUGAAGCGGCUAUAGCGUCGGCUGUACUACAAAUAUUAUUGUCAUUUACAGCCGUGAGUGGCGUCAGCUGGGAAGAAUGGUGGACGUACGACGGCAUUUCAGGUCCAGCAUUCUGGGGGUUGAUCAACCCGGAGUGGUCGCUCUGCAACAAAGGCCGGAGACAAUCUCCGGUCAACUUGGAACCAGAGAAACUACUAUUCGACCCCAACCUACGGUUUUUACACAUAGAUAAACAUAGGAUAAAUGGUUUGAUAAGCAACACGGGUCAUUCGGUGAUCUUCACGGUAGAGAAUGAGACGCGACACCACAUCAACAUCACGGGGGGACCCCUCUCGUACAAGUAUCAAUUCCACGAGAUCCACAUACACUAUGGACUGCACGACCAGUUCGGCUCCGAGCACGCGAUCAACGGCUACUCCUUCCCAGCUGAGAUUCAAAUAUUUGGUUUCAAUUCGCAGCUUUAUUCUAACUUCUCAGAGGCUUUACAUAAAGCUCAAGGAAUUGUUUCCAUCUCUUUACUACUACAGCUCGGCGAUUUGUCGAAUCCUGAAUUAAGAAUAUUAACAGAGGAACUAGAGAAUAUUAAAUAUGGAGGAGCUGAGAUGCCAGUGAACAAGUUAUCAGUGCGAGGGUUGCUGCCAGACACGGAGUACUACAUGACGUACGACGGGUCAACGACCGCGCCCGCCUGCUUCGAGACUGUCACCUGGGUCAUCAUCAACAAGCCCAUCUACAUCACUAAGCAACAGUUGCACGGUUUACGGCGGCUGAUGCAGGGCGACGCGCGGCACCCGAAGGCGCCGCUCGGGAACAACUUCAGGCCGCCACAGCCACUUCACCACCGCGCUGUGAGAACUAACAUCGACUUUGACUUGAGCAAGUACCCCGGGAAAACUUGCCCGAGCAUGCACCGGAACAUGCAUUACAAAGCCAAAAGCUGGACACAAUAUUGAAGAUUAAUUUACCAACGGUAGGCAUUCGUGUACACUGUUUAGCUUCUAUGUAGAAAAUUAUGUUUAAAUAGAAUACUAGAAUGUAAGAAAUUGUAUAUACAACUUGUACAGUCUUAUUGAGAUAUCUUGCUUAUGAUAAAUAGAGCUAUAAAGUGUACUUUAAGUAGUUAAGUAUCUACCCGUAAUAAGAUUGUCGUCUUAGCAUUAAAUGUUGAGUACUAAUCCUUAGACUUCCCGGUAGAAUUAUGUGAUUAGUCCUACUAGGUUUCUAAUACUUAUUUUGUAAUGGCCUCAUAAAACUAGGAAUACAUACAUAGAUACAUAUUUUUCGGAUAGAUGUACCAACUACAUCGGUCGCCGUCAGUUUAUAGUAAGUACAUAUUAAAGUAGUAUAGUUAUAGAGGGACGAAGAAGUAUAUGAACGGUUUUGUAUCCUGUGUACAAGUAGAUCGUAUAAAAUAUAACAUAUCUGAGUGUUUGUGUUCUUUAUAAAUGUUAAUGCUCUUGUUAAUAUAUAUGUCACGAGAGUAUCAUAUAAGUUUUAUGUAUUUAAUUUUUGAAAUACAAGCUAAGAUCAAUUACUUAAAGUUAAAAAUCAUAUCAAAUUAAGAAUUACGUAAAAUAAUUACGUAAAAAGUAUCAACUGUUUGACUGUAUUUCUAAAUAAAAAUAUGAAACUAUUGCUAACGGGCAUCUAUAGCUUUAAAUAAUGAAUAUUUUAGAAAGUAUUGCAUAGCAAAUUAAAACAAUUCAUGAUUGAGUGUAUAUCGCCGGCUUUCUUCUAAGAUUUAUUAGAAAUAAAUUAUUAUUUCAUUAAAAUAAAUAU